GGGCCCCAUUAGGCCGCCCGAUUACUAUAAAAAUCGGCGAAAUUUCGACAAUAUCAUCAGUUCAUUCAAGCUUAUCAAUUGUUCAUUUACCACAAUGGCGUUCAAAUUCGUAAUCCUUGCCCUUACCCUCGCUUACGCCCAUGCUGGCCAGCUUCUUGCCCAGCCCGCUGUGCAAUACUCCUCAGCGCCAGCGGUAAGCAGCAGCUAUUUCCAGCAAGCCUCCGCCCCAGUUGCCUACGCUAAAACCUACGCAGCCCCUACGUUAACUGCCCAGCCUGUAGCCUACCAAGCCCAGCCUCUGGCCUACCAAACCGGCCCUGUGGCUGUUCACUCUCCCUCCGUGGGACUCACCCAACAGUCCGUCACUCGGUCGCUGGGCGGCGGCCAAUCGCUCUCCACUUACUCUAAGGCUGUAGACAGUGCUUACUCCACCGUGCGCAAGUACGACACCCGAUUCACCAAUGACGCUCUGGCUUACGCGCCUGCCCAGCUCUCCUACUCGGCCCCGCUGGUGACUAAGGCCGCCUAUGCCGCCCCAGCUCAAGUGGUCUCCUAUGGAGCCCCAGUGGAGACCAGAGCCUACGCAGCACCAUCCCCAGUUGUCUCUUACGGAGCUCCCUUGGUGACCAAAACCUACGGUGCUCCCGCUCAAGUGGUGUCCUAUGGAGCCCCUUUGGUUUCCAAGAGCUACGCCCCUGCUCCUCAGGUGGUCUCCUAUGGAGCCCCUUUGGUUACCAAGAGCUACGCCGCUGCGCCCCAGGUGGUCUCCUACGGAGCCCCUUUGGUUGCCAAGAGCUACGCAGCACCAGCCCCAGUAGUCUCCUACGGAGCCCCAGCUCAGCUGAUCGCUAAGGCGCCUGUGGCCGCAUACGGAGCUCCAGUGGUGACCAAAAGUGCCGCAAUCUCCUACUCGCCAGCCGAGGCUGUCGCCCACACCACCUUCCAGGGUUACGGCAUCGAAUACCAUUAUUGAGGCGCGCAUGGAGGGCUGAACUGAACUUUCAUAUAAUUUGCCGCUAAUUGUGUAUUUAUUAAAUUAUUUUCUUUAGUUA